AUGAGUGACGACAUCGCGCUGAGCGCCAUCGACGCCGCGCAAACUGUUAAAAAGCAUAUUCUUUCGCCUCACCCACUAUUUCCACCGCUUCCGACGUACCCGGCGCCAGCAACUCGCCGUAGCCGCCUUCGAAGCCUCUUCUUCCGCGCUACAUCGUUCGUUCUCAGCCUCACCUACCUCCUUUCCAUUGUGGUAGCCUCGCUCGUCACCAGUAUCCCCGGGGCAUGUCGCAAGCUCUUUUAUAAAGUUACUCUGCGCGAUCAUCGCACCAAUCGCCCGUUAUAUGCCGAACAAAUCAAGCGUACACAAGAUCGGAAGAGGCGUGAUAGUGCAUGGCAUCGUCGCGCGUCGGUCACGUCACUAGGCGAGGACCAGGAGGGCACAGCUGAACAGUUCAAACCAACAGAGGGCGGAAAGGAUCCUAUAGUUUGCGAUGUAGGAUAUUACGCCCGCCGAGUCGGCUUAGACGUGGAAACCUUCAAGGUUGUCACGGAGGACGGAUUCCAUCUUGACAUGCAGCACGUUGUGAAUCCCAAUGAACCACCUUUACAGAAGAAGAGAAUGCCGGUACUGCUGAUGCACGGGCUGUUACAAAGUUCAGGCGCAUUCUGCUGCAACGAUGAUGCCUCGCUUGCCUUUUGGCUCGCCAAGGCUAGCUUUGACGUCUGGCUGGGCAAUAAUCGCUGCGGCUUCGUGCCAGGCCACGAGACCCUGCAUACGAGCGACCCGCGCAUGUGGGCGUGGAAUAUUCGCGACAUGGGCGUCUAUGAUCUCUCUGCGCUUGUCGAUAGAGUCCGUGAAGCAACAGGCUUUGAAAAGAUUGGUCUAGUGUGUCACUCGCAAGGGACGACGCAGACGUUUGUGGCGCUGGCAAAGGACCAGCGCCCGGAACUAGGAGAAAAAAUAUCCGUGUUUUGCGCUCUGGCACCGGCAGUGUAUGCUGGGCCUCUAUUAAACAAGAUUUACUUGAAAUUGAUCAAUCUGCUUCCGCCGAAGCUGUACCGGCUCAUCUUUGGCAUGCACGCUUUUAUACCCUCUAUGAUGACGAUGCAUUCGGUGGUGCCGCCACGGUUAUACGGAUGGCUAGGAUAUAAAGUGUUUUCGUUUCUGUUCGAUUGGUCAGAUAAUCGAUGGGAUCGUGGUCUACGCGAUCGACAGUUUCAGUUUGCUCCGGUAUAUGUCAGCGCUGAGGCGAUGCGGUGGUGGCUCGGCCGAGAUGGGUUUGCUCGACACGGUUGCAUCCUCGCCACGAAAGAGACCUGUCAAGCCGAAGAAGCUGCUGACGCAGAACCCAAAACAGAUGGUUUGCAGUCGGAUAAACGGAAAUCGGCGUGGUAUGAUGCCCGAGCGCCACCCAUGGCGUUUUGGGUGUGUGGUAGAGACGAACUUGUUGAUGGCCGGAGGUGGCUGCGGCGUCUGGAGAAUGGACGAGAACCGCUUGUUACCGUUAUCCAUAAGACUGUGAUUGAAGAGUAUGAGCAUCUGGAUGUGCUAUGGGCCAUGGACACCCCGACUCGGGUAUUUGAGGAGGUGAAGCAGGUUCUUUGGCGGACAUGCCCAGUGCAAGACGUGUGCGUUGUGCCCGAGGGCUGCGAAUAG